AUGAGGUUUGUGCGACACAUGCAUUCGGUCGGCAUGCUCGCCCUCGUGGCGGGCAUGCCCCUGACCUACACCGACAAAUACAGCGGCGCGGUCGGCAACGUCCUGCCGCCCACCAGAAGCGACCACAAGCGGAUUAUUGCGCUUGCGUCCCAAGCCAUUGGCCUGCUCAGCCACAAGUACGACGGUUGCGGACUGCGCAUUCUGGGGACGGUGGACACAAUCCAUUGGUUCAUCCCGUCUGGACUGCCCAUCGACGAGCGCUGGAUCAAUCCAUUGAGCAAGGACCGCCUAGCAGCAGUUGCAGUAUGCGGCCGGCAUUAA